AUGUGGUCCUGCCUGCUGAUUUGCACCAGGUGUUCCUCGGCCCAAUUGCCCAUCCUUUGCGACACCCGGCUGGGCGAGGUCAACUCGGCUGGCUUGCUGGUCGACGAAACGCUGGGCGAGAGGCUGUGGCCCACUUUUUGCCAUUGGGACGUGAACUGCGCCGGGGCCAGCGUCAACAACGUGAUGUGCCUCGACCUCCGACUCAGUGUGAAGGAGCUAGAGUACGGGUGCGACAUGAUCAGGACCACACCUUUGGGGGCGUGGACCAGCUUCCGCUACCCCGAGCACGGCCUGCGAGCAGUGCGUCAGAACCCCGUGCCUGUGGUUCCGUUCCACACCGAGAUAACAAGUGGUAAGGUGAUCGCGCGAGGUUCCUUUGGCGAGGUGGCUGAAGCCGAGUGGAAAGGAAAGGCGGUCGCCAUCAAGAGCCUGAUGAAAUACAACACCACUGCUGCCCAGAUGCUUGACGAGGCCGUCAUCAUCAGGAACUUAGACCACAGGAACAUCAUCAAGCUGUACGCCAUCAGUGAGCGCAAGAAAUUCUGGGUGCUGGUGAUGGAGUUCGCCGAACAGGGUAGCCUUAACUGCCACGGGCACUCGACACUCGCCAAGCUCCGAAUCGCGAUUGAGAUAGUCGAGGCGUUGCACCACCUACACUCCCGCGAACCGCCAGUUCUUCACCGGGAUCUGAAACCGGGCAAUGUACUGCUGAUGGGCGAUGGCACGGUCAAGCUGUGUGACUUUGGCUUAUCGCGGUACCGCGAGGCCUCUGCACUCUACACGGGUCUCGCAGGCACGCCACGCUACAUGGCCAGUGACGACAGAGUAACGGAGAAGAGCGAUAUCUUCAGCUUCGGGAUGCUCCUGUGGGCGCUCUUGACCGAGAAGGUGCCCUAUCAAGGCGUAGAAGACAGACUAGUGGGGAGGAAGGUCGACCAGGGCGAGCGACCCCCUCUCGACCACGACGAAUGCUUCAACAGCCUCUCGUGCGGAUCCCAACUGACGGACCUCAUCGGGCGUUGCUGGCACAAAGACCCCGAGGCGAGACCUUCCGCAGCCGCCGUGGUAGAGGAAUUGCGGUCCAUCUAUCCAGUUGUGCCCUGGACGGACCUGCACUUCGCAGGUGGCCAAGACGUGGACGGAGGUGGCCAACCCCACCAGGUGCUGCAGGGCUGGUGGCAAAACGCUCCGGUCACCAUCGAGGUUGUCGACAUGGAUGACAUCACCUGUUCCCAGUUCCUCGCUCAGAUCGCCAUGCUCAGGAACCUGAAUCACGCCAACAUUGUCGGGUUGCUCGCUGCGAGCGAGCAGGAGGGCAAGCAGCACGCGGGGCUCGUGUGGGAGUCAGCCGAGCAUGACGACCUCCACCCAGCUUUGCCCAACGCGGACGCAUGGCGGGCUCUGAGACUCGAUCACGAGAACGUCAUCAAGCUAAAGGGCGUGAGCGAACAUCAAGACGGGAGGAAUUGGCUUUUCUUCACGGAGCUGGCUGAGCAUAGAAGCCUGGGCCACUACAUACGAAAGCAUGCCAAUAGACUCACCGCCACCGACAAAGUAAAGCUCGCGCUCGGCGUGGCUCUGGGCCUGAGCUACCUCCACUCCCGAAACCCGCCCUUCGCAUGCGACCUGAGGCUGCGCCGAGUGGUGGUGAUGAGCGACAACACCCCAAAGCUGACCAAAUUCACGGCCUUGACGCCCGGCCAAGAAGCGGAGAUGAGGAUGAAGGAGGACGUCUUCAUAUUCGGCAAGCUGCUGUGGGAACUCCUCACGGAGCGUCUGCCCUACGCUGACCCUCGCGACACGCUCGAGUGGUGGGCCGCCAGUGAGCGCAACCGGCCAUCGCUCGAUGAUAAGCGCAUAACGAGGCUGCGGCGCGGGGAGAAGCUGCAGGAUCUCAUCGGCCAAUGCUGGCGCCAGGAGGCCAGCACACGACCUUCGGCGGACGACCUCGUCAAGGAGCUAGCGGCCAUUCUCGCGCCAUCGGCCGCGGAGAAGCUCCUCACAGCUAAGGUGGUAGGUGUGCUUGCGUUGGUCACCUUCAUCAUGGCCAAGCUGGUGUCUGGAGGGUACAUUACACUGUCAUCCGUGGCGCAAGGCAUGGUCAAGCUGUGCAGGAGGCGGUAA